CAUAACAUAUUUCUGUUCGAUGUUAUGGACAGUUACCUACUGCUUAUCAUUUUUUAUAUCGUUCCUGGAAAAGUUUUGCGCGCUAAGCAAAGUAGUAGAGCUUCGCGUAAUAUUAUGUUGAUCGUUACAAAACAAUUACAUCCCUUGCGUUACUGGUACGCGUGUCUUGUACCAGUUUAACUGGUUUAACCUUAACCGUGGUAUCGAUCAUUCGUGUUUUACCGUUGCCAUGUUUCCAAUUCUAUUCAAGUAUCAAAUAGUGGAAUACCACGUGAUUGUCGUUUACAAAUGACCGUUAUGACGGGUUAUUGUGUUCGUUAUUACGAAAAUGUGAACGAUGUAUGACACGUUUGAACCACGUUUUUUGCGAAUUUUUCAAAACGCAUUCGUCAUUUUGCGCUGUACGCUAGGAAAUUGAUUUCACGAAACUUAAUAGACGAAACAUGGCGUCUCGAAUUAGGUUAUAAGUAAAAUUCAUCCGACCGUAUUUUCGUGAAUUUCUUAUUCAUCGUUCAUCUGUUUUCGAAGCACGUUAAGUGUACGAACUUGCAGAAUUCGUUGCAAAUAUAAACAUGGACAAGUAUAUGAUAGUUAAAUUUAAAUUCAUUACAACGCACCAAUUAUGAAAAUAUGAAGAGUAGCUGUAAAAAGGAAGACACUGAAGAAACAGAGCGAACGCUAAAGAAGGAAGACAGAAAGAAAUAUGUCUUUUUUUCUGAUCCAGAUGUUAUUGUUCAACGAGCUGAAAAAUCAGCAGCUGCAGCCCAAAUUAAACAAGAUUUUGAAUUUCAACAACACCAAGAUUAUAUUGCCAGGCAAAUAUUCGAAGACAAACUUAAUCCUUCUACUCAAUUCAACUUAAAAGUCUUAGAAAAUUUAUUGUCUUAUCAUCCUGUCCAACCGUAUCCGUUUACCUUUAUAAGCGCGGUAAAACGAAAACUUGCUUUAGAUGAUAAUUCCAAAGUCUGCAAAAAAGUGCAUGAUCCAAAUAAGAAAAAUGUAGCUGAUCCGUUCGUUACAGUAUUAAAGUCCAAUAGCUCUCAGAAUUUACACGAAAUCGUACAGAAAAUGGAUCUUAUAAGACCGCUAAAAGUUCCGGAUUUAAAAAUCUCGGCGAAGAAAUUAGACUUUGCUACCAGAGAAAAUUCUACUUCGAGAGAAUUAACGUCUCCUAAAUUUGAAACACCUUCGAAGGAACUUAUUCAUGAAAGAGCGGAUAAGCCGACAAAGAGUUUCGAACGAGUUCAACGACGGUUAGACUUUUCGACGUCGGAUGUUUCGUCGAUAGUCACCAGCGAGAUAGAACCGUUGAAGGUGCCAAACAUUUCUAUAUCUUCAAAUUUGUCAAAGAAAAAAGAAUACAUUCGAGAAAACUCCAGAGAGAAAGAGAAUCGAUCCAAGAGAGUUCGGAAAGAAGAAUCUUUGUUCGCGAAGCAGGAUGAAGUGGGUCAAGAUUUCCUCAAAAGAUCUAGAAGCCCUCGGUGUGUCUCUAGAAAAGAUUUUCCCGAUAACGCAAAUGAAACUGCAUCGGCUACAAAAUUAAAAAACGACAGAUUAUCGUUUCACAUAUCGAAAGAUAGCGAUUUCGUUCUAGUAAAACCAAAAUCAAAAAAUGUAGCUACUUCUAGUAUCAAAAAAGAUAAUGAUAAAAGGCAUAGGUCUACUAAUCCGCGAUCUUUGAAAUCGAGAGAUGCUUCUUUAGAAUCUAGGAAUAGAACUUGCAGUAACGAAUCGCUUUCGGAGCGUUCUUCAAAAUUACCGGACAAGAUAACAGUCCGGGAAUCUAGAAAUGCGUUUGAAAAUUUUGAUCACAGAUAUAAAGACGACUUGCAAAUAAAGCAACAUAAGGUAACUUGUCAGCCUCAAGGAAAAUCGAGCAGUGUACCUUUCAAAGAGCAAACCAAAAGGGUAUCUGAAAAGAUAAAACCGUCUACGAGUAAAACCGAAGGCAAAACGUAUGUUACGAACUCCAAGGAGUUUGAAGAUAAAGAAAGUAUAACGGAUUCGAAUGUAAGCGUACGAACUCGAAGUCCGAGCACUAUUUCUAACCAGCAAAUAAAAGUCAAAGAUUUAGAAAAAGCUAUACAAAACAUUCACGCAAUUAAAUCGAAUAAAACUACCGACGAUUCGAAAUAUACGGACAGUUCGUUACCACAGUGCACUAGUACAAAUACAAAAAAAGAUGAAGAAGAAUCAUUUACACAAAGCAUUACUACUACAGCCAAGCAAUCGAGUAAUAGUAAUAGUAAUGAAUCUAAUUUAAACGAUAGCGCGUUGUCGGAUGCGUUAUUCGAUCCGAGAAGAAUUUCUUUUCGAGAAGAAAGCAGACAACAACCAGAAGAAUUUUGUGAUUUAGUAACACCCGAGAUGAAUCUUCUACCGCGAUCUAAGCGAAAAAGACAAUUUAUACAAAACAGUAAUACAGAUGCUGAUUCCAAGUGCUUAAAGUAUAAUACAAUUAAAACGGAAACAGAUCAAGAAGGCAUUCCACUGUUACAUCCAACUGCUUUACAUAUGCAAUUUCAAGCAGAGCUCCAUCUCCUUGAUUCCUUUAACGAGUCGCUGAGGCAGGUUAUGGAUGUUGAAAAGUGUUUAUAUAAUGUUAAACAGGACCAAGAUAAAGAGUUACCAUUGCAGCAUAGUCAAUCAAAUGAUCAUGGAAAAUCGCAUUUCUCUAAAUCGUCGGGUGAAAGAAACGCCGACAACAUGGAACAAUGUAGUGAAAUUAGUAAAUUACAUAAACAUGUCACAACCGAUAAAGCGCAUUACCCUACAAGUCCGACUACGGUAAAUGAGUUUGAUAAUCUGCAUAAAAUGAAUAAGCCAGUAGUUAAAGCAGUAGAAGUACAAACUCAAACGGUAAACGAUAUGGCGACGCAAACGGAAAUACGUUCAACUCGACGAAAUGUACAAAGUAGAUGUUCUGAGAUUUGCGGCGUCUCAUACGAACGAGGAUUUGCUGGCGAUAGCGAGAUUCCUCAACUUUCUUUGGAUUCCGCGGAACAAUUCGAAGACUUGGAUCAAAUAGAAGAAAUAUCGUUACCUAGUAAAUUAAGGACAAUGUCGGAAAUAAGUUUACACGAAACUACGUCAUCUAUACGAACAGAAACUGGAACGGAGAUUAGCAUUUCCACUCGAGAUAUAACUUGUUCUUUUAAUAAAUAUAUAGAUCUAGAAAUUGCACAAUUAAUAAAAGAUGAAAAACAGAGAUACGAUAAAUUCGAGAUGUUGUUUAAGUCACGCGAGAAGACGUUAAAUGAUCGAACUAAAAAAUUGGUAAAGUUGGAGGAACGGAAGCGUGCGUUAAAGGAUACCGGCCAAGAUAGCCGCGUUAGCUCUGUGAAAAAGAAACAAAGAGCUUUACUUUUAAAAUUGCAACAAGAAAAGGAUGAGAUGAGCAGGUUGAAGGAGCUUCAUAAAAUUGCGAGCCAAGAACGUAAACUUAUGUUGCAAAAACAAAGGAACAUGUUCAAUCCUCAAAUGUCCACUAAAAAUAUUUUAACUAAAUUGAAAAGAAGUGCGGAUAGCCAAUCACCGAGAAGAUUAUCCGGUCCGAUGAAGGGUUACGAUAUAAGAAGUAACAGCUCUAUGAGUUCUUUGGUUGAUUCCGAUAAGUCUCAGCACGAUCGUUCUCAGACAGAUGGACGCAUGCAGAUGUCUGAAAAUGAGUUACGCUUCUCUAAAUUGGACCUACCAAAAAGUAGUAAAUUCACAGAUUUCGUCCAAGAGCCUGACGAGUCCUUCUUAAGAUUCGACAAAUCUAGCGAAGUCGUUCAAAGCAAUACGUCUCAAGAAAAGUGUCCUUAUAAAUUGCAGAAAGAUGGGAACAAAUCCAAGUAUGAAAUAAAGUCGAGGAAAUUCGAGGAAAAAAUGCCUAGAGCGGAUAAUUUAAGAUUGAAGUCGCAUCAACAUUCCGUCGAUCCAAAAUUGAUAUCGGCUCGUUCCAUGAGUAUUCCUGGAAAAUAUUAUUUCGAAAAAGAAAAGUCUCCCGAUGUUUCUGAAUUGUUGCAACAGAAUUUAAAUAAUUCCAUUUCCGAACAUGCUAAAUCAGAAUCGGAUACUCUGGUAGAAGAACUGUCUAAGAAAUCAAAGCCUUCUCAUAUGUCUGAUAAUCACUUUCAGAGUAUAGUAUCGCCAAGAGAACGAGAAUCUUUAUCGAAAGUUACAGUCGCGAACAGUGAAACUGUUCCUGAAGAAAUAAGUUCUGUUAGCCAAGACACUGUAUCAAAGACAUCGAAAUCAUCCCAAGUCUCUGAAGACAUUAUACAGACACAUUCGAAAAGUUCUAAAAGAAGUAGUAAAUCAAUUCCAACCGAUAUGUCGAAAAAAACUCAAUACAGUACCGAAUCGAAAUCGAAUAUUAAACGUAAAGCAUCAAAAUGCCAAAAAAGCAAAUCAUCUUCUAGCAUACUUACGGAAAAUAUAUUACGAUCCAAGUCCAAUUCUCAGAUGUCGGAAGAGUUUAUUAAACAUCAUAAUAAACGAACGAGAAUGGAGAAGGAAUUUAUUCAGUCCGAUAAAAACGAUGAGAACGGGAUUUUGGAUAGCAUGGAUCACGACGAAAGCCAGAGUUUUCUGCAAACUUUAACUAGGCAUUCCAAACCUACGAAAGAUAAGAACUUUAAAUUAUUUACCGAUAUAAUAGACGAUUACGAGAGUAAAGAGAAUAUAUUAUGUCAAAAAAUAUUUGACAAAAGCGUCGAAGCCUAUGAGAGUUCCUUUCAUAGUCAAGAUAAGAGCACGCACAAUCUGGAUAAUAUGUCUACGAAAUCGCAAGUCAGUAAUUUUGCGGUUUCUCAUCAUAGUUCCGGGGAGAGCGAUCGAAAUUACUCAAAAUCCGUGGUCGUGAGAUCUCAAGAUCACAAUUUGAAAACUUCAAAGAAACUUGAACAAAUUUUGAAUGCACGCGAAGCCGCACUUACAUCACGGAAAAACUGCGUGGAAGAGUGGAUGGCCUGGCAUGCAAAACUACGAACUGAAGAAGAUCGUGUUGCACGAAUGGAACAAGCUGCACUUAAACUUGUAACCACAACGUCCAAUGUUUUCUCUCAACAAGAGAGAAGUGUGUGUCCCUUUAUAGAUACAACUGUCUCAUCCGACACGAGCGAUAUCGAAGGAAGAAUAGAAUUACUCACUGAAAGAUUGGCAGAACGGCGCCUAGAAAUGUCACGUCUGAAGAGAGAAGCCAGAAAGCAAACGAAGCAAAAGCUUCGAGCUUUGGAAACUAAUUUGUUAAAUCAAAUCAAGAAAUACGAUACAACCAUUCAUGAAAUGCGUAGAAAGCUGGAAUCGAAAAAGGGAACAAAUAAAGACAGCGAUAAGUUAGCGAUAGAGUCGAAAUCAUUAGCAGACUUUAAAGUACCUGAAAUUCCUCUGAAGAGGAUUCAAGAUAUAUUUAAAAAUAGCGAUUUGUUAAGAUCUAGAUCAGAGUCCGAUUUGUUAUCUACGAAAAGACCAACGAGAGACCCUAUGAAAACUAUUAAUUUACUUCGAAACGAGAACAUUGGAAUUAAAUAUGAUAAAAAUUAUUCUGAGAAAAUAACCCCGUCUUCUUCUAGAAAUGUACGAACUUCGGAAAAAUUGAGCUCCACGAGAGCGGGUGCUAUUGGUCGCAGUAUCGAAACUAUUCUCGAUGAGUGCAGACCAAAACAAACUGAAUCCGAUAAACUUGGUUCGAUAUCGUCGGUUGCUUCCGAUGAUGUUCAAUCUGACAAACAUAUUACUUACAGAGGUAAAGCGUACCUAGACGAAAUGCAAAACAGACAAACUGUAUCUGACGGAAAAAGGUCCAGUAUCACAGAAGAUAUCGAAACGGAAAUUAGCGCAGCAAAAUCUGACGAAGAUAUACCUACGCAAUCGGAAAUAAAACUUUCCAAAAAUGAUACUACCAUUCAAUCUGACUUAAGAGAAUAUAAAUCAGAUUUUGAUACCGCCUCCGAACAGUCUCGAGCAAAAAGUAUCUCUUCGCAAUCGGAUGCUGACAAAGUACAAGAUUCCGAGUACUCCCGUAUUCCGCCGGAAAAAUCUAACGCUGACGAUUCCAAGGCAGAAAUUAAGACUGAAAGCGCCGACGAAAUGCUUGGCGUCUCUCGAAAGUUGGACUUUCUACGUUUAAAUAACAAAACUUUGUACGAAGACAUAAAUUCCCUUGAGAACGAAUUUAAAAUACUUUCGGAAAUGAUGUUACGCUUCAGUAAAAAAUCCUCCGAAGAGUCGCGAAAUAACGAAGAAAAAAGCACUUCGAAAGAUAUAUCGGAAAUUCUUUUGAAAUCUGACAAAAACAAUGAAAUUCACGAUAUGACAUUUACAAUAAAAAAUAAAGAUACAGAACUUGAACGCAAGGAGACUGAUUCUGACGUUUUACAAUACUUGAAAAAUAGUCAUUUUAACGACAGCAAAAGUGUAGUAGAAGAAGUUGAUAAUGUUAUGUCCGUUAUUAUGCCACAAGACGAUACAUCCCUUUCGAAAUCGAAUCAAGAAAUCGAUUACAAAGCAAGGAGUAAGGAGAUUUUAAAUGUGAUUGAAAAAUCAAUAAUAUCAGAGCACAUUAAAGCUACCGAGAAUGAUUCGAAUCGUUCGAAUACAUUAACCGAGAACAACAAAUUAAUUGUACAUGAAAAAAGUGGAAAGACGUCGAGCGAUCCCUCUGCAGAAACUGAUAUAAAAUCUGUAUCUAAAAUUUAUUCGAGAACAACGCAGGAUAAAGAAAGUAUAGAUACAGAGGAAAAUGCAUCCGAAGUAGCGUACACUCCCCGAGAAGAUGACAUUGAAAAAAGUAUAGUUGACUCGCAUGUCUUAGAAUCAAAUAGAAAUUCCAUAACGCCUUCAGAAAGAAUAGACGACGAACAUAGUUCGAUAAUAAAUAAUGCAAUUAGUACGUACAGUCAGUCGGAACAUAAUAGCGACGUCAUUUCUCAAAAACUUCCGCAGAAUGUUACAAAACGAACAACAGCUGCAGAUUGUGCAAUCGAAUUAUCGAAAAAAGAAGUUUCUCCGCAAUCUUUGAGUCCAAUUGAAAAAACUGUCAAGAUUAAAGAAGUAAUAAAUAAACAUAAGACAGAAUCCGAUGAUAACGAUGUCAAGAUAACUCAAGAUGAAGUUGCGGAAUUAGAAGAAACUUCUUCAAAAUCGGUUGAAUCACCGUUUGCUAAAAAUGAUUGGACCAUAUCUGAUUCGUUUCAAGCUCAGCAAGACGCUGCUAUUUUCGAGUUGGACAAAUCUCAAAAUCCAAAUUUGAACUUGUCUAACGAUGAUUCCAGCAAUUUCCUGGAUAUGAAAGAUAUAUCUCGGUCGAAUGAUAAUUCGAAAUUCCAAAAUGUAGAACAGAAUGUAAGUAGCGACAUAAACGAUGCGUCUUUUGUCCCGGAUUAUGAAUCUACAAACAUCGAUAUAUAUGGAAUUAAAUGUGAUGAAACGGUACCAGAUUAUCACGUUGAGUUAACAAACGAUAAAAUUAAUUAUAUAUUGGGUAUAGCGACCACGGAUACCAAUAAAGAGGAAAAUGAAGAAGAAACUAUACAUACUAUAGAAACUGAUGAUUUCCAAAAGGCCAUUUAUGAUUCUGUGACGAAAAUAUUGGAUAAAGUUGAAAAGAAUAUCGAUAAUAACUCGAUAAAAGAAAAAAUAGAGAGUCAUUCGGAGAUCAGAGAAAAUGAAAUGAAACCAGUAGUAAACGAGGAAGAAACUAUUUCUCUGGAUAAUGAUAAGAAUGUUAACAAAGACAUAACAGUGGCUAAAGAUGAUACCGAACCUACUAUAGACGUUAAUUUAAACGUUGAAAUUAAAGAUGAUGAUGAUCAUGAUGAUGAUGAUGAUGAUGAUGAUGAAACAUAUCAUAUUGAAACGAAAUCGCAGGAAGUUAUAAUAACAGAAUUGGAACCUGGAAGUGUGGAAGAUGAUUUAUUAUCGGAACUUGAAAUUGACGCUAAAGUAGAAUUUCUAGAAGAAGAACAACCUGUAGAAACAAAUAAAUUCGAAGACAUCGCGGAAACAGAAGCAAAAAUAACGCAAGAUGAAGCGUUCCUAGCACCCGUAAUAGAACAAGAUAGUUCCGAUGGUGAACAACUUGAUAAUUUAAUUGAAAUAGCUGAAAGUGGUUUGGACAUCAUAGAAAAGCAGGCUUUUGUUGCUGAAUUGGAAUUAAUAUCGGACGAUAAGAUAUGCAUUUCACCUACAGAUACUUCGGAUAAUAAAAUAGAGGGUGCAGAUAAUGUCAAAACAAGAAGAUAUACUGAAUUAACUACACCUAGUACACCUAACGACACGGCGAACAAGACAUUUAACAUUUUGAAAGACCCAGAAUACGAAGAUAUCUCGGAAGAAAGUCUCGAAGUUUCAGAAAUUUUUGAUAAAAGUGAAGUUCAGAAGACUCUCCCCAUACAAAAGACAUCUUCUAUUCCAGAAAGAUACGAAGCGGUACAAAAAUCGGACGAGGUAUUGAGAAUACUCGAUGAAAUUACACAAAAAUCUUUGACAAGUUCGAAUCUUGUUGAAGAAGAAUUUCAAAGCGAUAAGCAGAUCUCCGAAAAGAGUGGAAAACCACAAGCAGAGAUUUCAGGUAAAGAUGACAUUUUGCUUUCGAAAGUUGAUGACAAGUCUAUGGAAAAUGUAUACCAUUUGGAAAGCCAGACAUCUAAAACAGUAACAACAGAAGAGGCAAAUCAAUCAGUGCAAUUGAUAGUUGCCCUGAAUGAUACAGAAGACAAAGAAAACCAAGAACAAUAUGCAUCUUCUGAGUCAAGUGGAGGUAGGGAUACUCCGAAAGGCGUAUCAGAAAUUGAGAUGGAUUCGCCCAGAGAUUCCAAUGAUUCAAGAUUAGACAUCGAUGUGUUAAAUGAUGAUCUAUUGAAUAAUCCUAACGCGGAAAAUCAAAAUGUCGAUUCGAAGAAUACAUACCAUGCAACCCCCAUCGUUGCUACAUCUGAGAAGGAUAUAGAAGUCAUGAUCGACAAGUUAAAAGCAUCGUUGGAACAACCUGGCUUGGAAGUCGCCGAAUUGGAAGCAAAACUGCUUCGCAUUGAACAGCUUCAAAUUGAGUUAGAGAUUAAAAAAUUGGAAGCAGAGGAAGUAUCUUACUAUGUUAGAGAAAUACCCAACAAGCCACCACCUCCCUACACACCACCCGGUGGUGGCGGUCGAAUUUCAGUGUCGCUUGGGUCACCUUCUCCUCCACCAGCUGUGAUUCCCUCGAACAUAGAAGAAUUAACAGCAUUCACGGAAAAAGCUACAACCCUAAUAUUCAGAGCGAGAGAAGCUGGAGAAGACAUAAUGAGUUUAGAAGCUCCUCCUGAGAUCUGCGAGUUAACCAAAGAGAACGAUGAGACUGUAAAGAAGGAUAGAAGAAUUUACAAUACAUUCCUCUUCGAUCUGUGCAAGGAAACGAUCGCCGAGGUUUAUCAAGCCGAGUAUGAGAAACCAGGUCCGAGUUGGACGAAACCAAACGUAAAAACAAAACCCACGAUGAAACUUCCAAAAACUGUAGAGGAACUUAAUGAAUAUGUUAACAAAGAGGUAGCUACGUUGUUUGGCUUCAAAACGAAACUACAACGAGAAAAUAUGGUGAUGCGUUGGAGUAGGAAACGAAGAGAUAGAGUCGACGAAUUGCUGGCUAGAGAGGCCCAGGCUGAAGAGGACGAGUGGACCAAAUUUCAUAAUGACGAACUCGCGGUAAAAAAUGGUCUUACCGUAGCUAUAUUGGAUACCCUGCUAAUGGAAACUGUGAACGUAGUUGAAGUGGCAUAUGCGAAGAAAAGGAAAGUAAUGAUUUAGUUUUGUUACAAAAAUAUGAUUGAGUUAACGGUAUGCCUUUUAUCAAUUAUCUAUUUCUAUCUUAAACAAAAGACCCCGCUUGUUCCGUCUAUACUCGUCAAAAUAGGAACGAGAUUCGUGUACAAGUAUCGAGGUUCUACUGUUGUAUUUAACCUCGAAAUUUUGUAAACUGACCUCAACUGUCAUAUCUUUAAUGAAUUUACCAAGUAAUUAAUUUUUAUCUAUUUUAUGCCCUGUAUAUGAUCCCUGUACGUAGGCUGGUUCCUAUUUAUUUCUUUGAUAAAUUGUUUGUUCUCGAAUAAGGAAAGUAUGAAUGAUGAUUUCACUGUAGUAGGAAGUAUACGAGGUCCAUUUUGCGAGUUAUAGAAUUAUAGAAAACGUUUGUAUUUAGCAGUCGCAAGUGCGUAGAGACAUCAAUAAUCAAACCUUAAGUUUAUUUCAAAUUUUUAUUAAAGUAAAGAUUAUUCUUAAAACACGUAGUGUAAGUAUAUUACAGUUUAUAUUUACAUGUACCGAGAGAUGUGGUAGCAUAUUUAUAAGAAUCACGUUCAUAUUUACUUGCAGGAAAAAUGUAA